GGCGGCCCUCGUUUUCUAUCGUCUUCAUCGCGUCGUUCUCGUCGUCAUCCUCGUCUUUGCCGCGAUCGUUUUUUCCUUUUCCCCUUUUAACAAGAAAAAAAGACUCCGUUAUUCCCUGUUCGGUUCCACGACGCAUUGACAAGAGUAAGAACGAGGCUCGCAAGGAGGACCCGGAACAGCCCAGGUGGGAGAUCCGUACGCGAGCAAUGCGAAAGAGUGACAGGUUACGAACGAUUCGUUGAAAGUGGGAGAGAAACAUAGAAGGAAGGAUAAAAAGAAAAGAACGGACGGAAGAAAGAGAAAAAAGAAGGGAGAAGUAGCGGUAGAAUGAAGCAUCGUGGUCACGAGGAGUAGGGCGACGGCAAGAAGCAACGAGGUGGGCAGGCAAAGGCGGGCAGGUAUCGUAAACGGAAAACGGACGGCGGUUAAGAGUGUAGAAAAAGUAACCGGGAGACCGUCAGUCAAGUGCGACCGCGUGCACAGGAAACUGUCCUGAAGAUAAUAACGUUAUUUCUCUUUCCUCUUUUUUUCCUUAGCUCUUUGGCUCCCUCAUCUCCCUCCUGUCUUUUUUCCUUUUUGUUUCUCUUCCUUUUUACCUUCACCUCCUUCCAUCAGUGAUACGCGCUCGCGACGGAGAGGAGGAAGACGCGUCGAUGAACGAAACUGGCGACGAGCAGAAUUAUCAUCCUUAUUCGCGUUUGCUUGCUUCUAACAGCGGAAAGUGAGCUGAACACCGUGUUCGAUCAUUUCGCGAUAUCGUACCCGAAACAGACGUGUUACGAGCAAUCAAACAUCGAGCAACGAGGGAAAAUAACAACGUUCAUACAUCCACGAGGAUAGUCGAGGAAUCGCCUCUUGUAUUUACAGUCGAACAACGUGCUUGUUUUUUAUGUACCGUCGGUCGGUUGUCAAGAAAGAAACGGAACGGUGUGAAAAUUUGAAGUCAGUGAAAAGCCGGUAACUCUACGGUGCUUACGAACACGCUGAUAAGACGAGAAGAAAGAUAGCCGGAAGAUAAGAAUAGAAACAACGACAAAAAGCAGACUCGAGGCAAGAUGACGAGUAUAGUAGCGGAUCUGGUGCACGGAUACAGGGACCUGAUGGAUAACAAGUCCGAUCCCCGGGUGAACAGUUAUAUCCUGAUGAGCAGCCCGUUUCCGACCAUGGCGAUAUGCCUAUUUUAUGCUUAUUUCAGCAAGGUUUUGGGACCGAGGCUAAUGGAAAAUAAAAAGCCUUUCAAACUUCGGGGUAUCUUAAUAGGGUACAACCUGAUACAAACAAUAUUCUCCACGUGGAUCUUCUAUGAGUACUUGAUGAGUGGCUGGGCGAAAGGAUACAGCUUCCGGUGCCAACCGGUUGACUAUUCGCACAGCCCAAUGGCGCUACGAAUGGUGAACACGUGUUGGUGGUAUUUCAUCAGCAAAUUCACCGAGUUCUUCGAUACCCUAUUUUUCAUUUUGAGGAAGAAGACUCAACACGUGUCGACGCUUCACGUGAUCCACCAUGGUAUAAUGCCUUUCUCCGUUUGGUUAGGGCUCAAGUUCGCGCCAGGUGGCCACAGCACUUUCUUCGCCCUUUUGAACACUUUUGUUCACAUAAUAAUGUACUUCUACUACAUGGUGGCUGCGAUGGGCCCUGAGUAUCAAAAGUACAUCUGGUGGAAGAAGUACCUGACUACCUUGCAAAUGGUGCAAUUCGUGUUGAUCAUGAGUCACCAGUUCCAGCUGUUCUUCACAGAGUGCGAUUAUCCUCGUAGCUUUAUGAUCUGGAUCGGUCUGCACGGCGUGCUAUUCCUAGGAUUAUUCUCAGACUUUUACAAAGCAAAAUACGUAGACAAAUCGAAAUUGUCGGCGAAACAAAGUUCACAGAAUGGCUCGUCGACGACCGGCAUGUGUAUGCCGGUACUCGAGGACGAAUCGACGCCACGGCAAAAUGGCGUCUCGUCGUACGCGACCAUCUACAACAAAGAAUACAACAGUUGUUACAGCAACGGCACGAACAACGGUUACGUUGCCAAUAACAACACAGAGAAGAAGCUCGCUUAGGACAUUCUUCUGGUGUUUCGUAACUUCGAGAACAACAAUUAUUGGGACAGAGCAAAAACACCUAAACAUGUACACACACACACAUACACACAAAAUAUUGUUUAAUUGUACCGUUCAAUCUCGCGUCCUCGACGUUUCUUCGAGGAUCCUGCAACGGUUCCACGUUGAUCGCAGUGGCUGUUUAUUUCUUUUUUUUUUCUCUCUCUCUCUUUCCCUCUCUCUUUUGUAUCUUCGCCACGAGGAGCAUGGUAUACGCGCGAGAAUAAACGAUGCUAGUUAAGAAUAAUUGCGGAUUCUGUGUUCAUAAUAAAACGCGUACAGUCGUCGGCGAGUGAUCAGCUGAACGCUUUAAAUCAUUUCACGUUAACACUGUCAACGGGCUGACGAUUACUUUUCUCUCUUCCUUACGUGGUGGAUGGAUCGGCAAUGUUACGAGGGAAGGACCUGUUUAACCCUUUCGUUAUGACGCUAUAGUGGCUGUGCAUUCACGCUUAUCCUUUUCUGUACCAUUGUAGCGACUGAGACUGUUGGUACACACCUAAUCACCGCCACUAUAAUGGUUUUCUAGUCGUAAUUCGUUUUUAGAAAGAGAAAAGAGGAAGAGGAAACACCUCCGCAAUGUAUCCAAUAUUUUCACAAACUUGUUUGAUUUGAACGAACGUUGAAACUUGUAAACUGACUAUACGUUUUCUAUCUUCGUAGCGAAAGGGUUAAGAGAAUAAAGGUCACUUCUGCGUUGUUGUGUAUACAUAUAUUAAUCUAGCAAUCGCAUUCGCAACGGGAUUGCGAAUGAAAAACCGUGAAAUAUCGUCGGCUCGUGGAUGGCUUUAUUAAGCAAACGAGAAGAACGACGAAGGUAUGCAAAUGGCGUAUAAAGCGCACACGGUUCAUUGAAUAAUAAUCGAAGUAAUUAUAUAGAACAGGGUCCAACACUUCAGUAAUUUCAGUAACCUUGAUACAUGUUAUGGAGAUGAGUGUCCUUAGUAAUUUUAUUGUAUUACAUAUAGUUAUCGCUUGUUUUUAGUUUUAAAUGAUCCAAUUUUUUUUUCAGCUUAUGAACAUUUUUAUGCGACAGUAGUUUGAAUAAUCAAAUUCACAUAAAUUAUUUAUAUGCUGCGCGCUGUUUAAAAUAUGUUUGCGUAUAUUACUAAAAUUGAACGAUGAUUAUAUGUACCCAUGAAAUUGCUUGGAAAAUUAAUCUUAAUAAUAUAUGUCAAGAUGAUUGAAA